CCUAAAAUGUACCGUGACUGCUGAAAAGUACCAGAUCAGCUGGAGGGGCCUGUGGGUGCAUCUCUGCCCGCUCUCUAACUGACGGUGCUUCAGGACCCGAACAAGGAACCCAGUAACAAUCGAGGAGGUACCGCAGUGACUUUGUCGACUAUGAAAUGCUAGUUUAAGGGCCUCACCAUGGACCUGUACUAUCUAGCUUUCCUCCUGGGAGCUCUGAUCUGCACUGUAAGUGGUACUGAGGUGGACGGCUACACCAAAACUGAAGGAGCAUGGAUCCUCUCGCUGCAGAGGAGAACAUACUCAGCAAGCACUGCAGCUGAGUGUGCCACCAAAUGUGACACUGAACAGUCCUUCACAUGCAGAUCUUUCAUAUAUAAUGAAAAGGACCAAGAAUGUUUCACAGCAGCAGCAAACUCUAAAAUAGAGACGCUUCUGCGCAGGAGGAGCACAGCUUUAUAUGAAAAAAACGGAUACCUCCUGGAGUGCGUUAAUGGAAUAGGAACAGAUUACAGAGGAACAAAGUCCAAAACAAAAACAGGAAAGGCGUGUCAAAGAUGGGGAGCAAAAUACCCACACAGGCCAAACUACACACCGGAGACACAUCCCCUUGCAGACCUGGAGUCAAACUUCUGCAGAAACCCUGACAGUGACAGCGGGGGACCCUGGUGUUACACCACCGACUCCAAAACCCGCUGGGAACACUGCAAUGUACCCAGCUGUACCGAGGACUGUAUACACUGCAGCGGUGAGAACUACAGAGGGAAAAUCUCCACUACAGAAAACGGCUUCACCUGCCAACGCUGGGACUCCCAGAAUCCUCACAACCACGGCUACAUCCCCAGCGUCCUUCCAGAGAAGUUUCUUGAGGAGAACUACUGCAGAAACCCUGACGGAGACCCCAGACCGUGGUGCUUCACUACCAGCCCAUCCAAGCGAUGGGACUUCUGCAACAUAACACGCUGCUCAUCCGAGCCCCCCACCAUCGUCCCGGAGCUGACCUGUGCCACCGGUGAGGGUGAAGCAUACCGAGGCACACUUGCUGUGACCGAAUCUGGGAAAACGUGUCAGAGUUGGUCGUCUCAGGCGCCACACAAACACAACCGCACACCACAAAACUAUCCUUGCAAAGGCCUGGAUAACAACUACUGUCGUAACCCCGACAACGAGAAGAUGCCCUGGUGUUACACCACUGACUCUGAAACCCGCUGGGAGUACUGCAAGGUGCCGAGCUGUGGGGACGCAGCCAGACCAGAUGAGCCAGUCAUCCCCCCAGAUGAAGAAGACUGUUACGAAGGGAAUGGGACGAGUUACCGCGGCGUAACAUCAGAGACCAUCAGUGGGAAAAGAUGUCAGAGCUGGAGUGCCAUGACUCCUCACAGCCACAAAAAAACUCCACAGAACUACCCCAAAGCGGACCUCAAGAGGAAUCUGUGCAGGAACCCUGAUGGGGACAGAGCUCCCUGGUGUUACACCACAGACCCCAGUGUCCGCUGGGAGUACUGCAACUUGGAGAAAUGCCCCACCAGUCCUUCUGGAGGUGCAACACCCACAACCAAACCUCCUAAUCCUGCCACCCCCACCCAGGGCACAACACAGAGAGACUGUAAGGUUGGAAGUGGAGUUACAUACAGGGGUCCGACCUCCAUCACCAUCCUGGGUGUGACCUGCCAGGCCUGGUCAGCUCAGAGUCCUCACCAACACAACAGCUUCACCCCACAAACUCACCCCACCAAGGGUCUGGACGGAAACCACUGCAGAAACCCUGACGGUGAUGUGAAUGGACCGUGGUGCUACACUACAGACCAGAACAAGAAAUGGGACUACUGUCAGAUCCCCGACUGCGCUGGGCUAAGCUGUGGGACGCCAGUCAUCAAACCCAGGCGUUGUUUUGGCCGUAUCGUUGGAGGCUGUGUGUCUAAACCUCACUCAUGGCCCUGGCAAAUCAGCCUCCGGACCAGUUUUGGAGUUCAUUUCUGCGGAGGAACUCUGAUCCACCCUCAGUGGGUCCUUACUGCUGCACAUUGUCUGGAGAGGUCCAAUCGGCCAUCAUCCUACAAGGUACUCCUGGGUAUCCAAACAGAGAGAGCCAACGAGCCGUCAAAACAGGAAAAGAGCCUGGACAAACUGGUUCUGGGACCCAACGGAGCCGACAUCGCACUGCUCAAGCUGCACAGCCCUGCACUGAUAAAUGACAAAGUCCUGCCAGCUUGUCUGCCCGAGAAAGACUACAUUGUUCCGAGCAGAACCGAGUGUUAUGUUACCGGAUGGGGUGACACUCAAGGUACGGGAGGUGAUGGUAUGCUGAAGGAGACUGGUUUCCCUGUGAUCGAGAACAAGAUCUGUAAUCGUCCAUCUUACCUAAACGGCAGAGUCAAAGACCACGAAAUGUGUGCUGGAAACAUCGAGGGAGGAACAGACAGCUGCCAGGGUGACAGCGGUGGUCCUCUGGUGUGUUAUGCCCAGAACAGGUAUAUCCUACAGGGUGUGACAUCAUGGGGUCUGGGAUGCGCCAAUGCCAUGAAACCCGGCGUCUACGCUCGAGUCUCCAAGUUUAUCGACUGGAUCGAAAGAACCAUAAAAGCCAAUUAAAAAACUAUUAUCCACCUUGAACAAAUGCAGUAACUUCAGCCACAGAAUGUGAUGUGCUUUUUGAAGGUAAUUUAACAUGUAUAUACUGUUCUGCUCCAACAUGACUACUUAAGUUUGUUGCCUGGUAUUACCUGAUGUCAACGGGAGUUUGGUUUCCUGUGGUGGGAACACAAUAAGCAGAUCAUUUUCAUGGUUUUGGGAUGUAAAGGUGUGUUUUCUGUAACGGCUAAAAAAAUAAAACGGAGUGCAAAGGAAACAGUGAAGUCAUGCUUUAUAGAAAACAAAUAAAAUAAAAUAACAUUUAAAAAAAAA